CCACAACCCUGCAUCAUCCUCCUCCAUCAACCUAACGUAAUCGGUCAUGUCUGCAGUUCGAAGUCGGAUCUGGAGGAGCAUGGAGGUGGAGAUAGAGAUAGGUAACGGCUCGGAUGCGGGGAACUGCAUGGCUGAAUUGCCGGUGCAUGGAUCAACUUGAUAGUACCAUCCGCAGGCAAAGGCCGCGUCUCGUAGAUGUGAACCCGGAUUCGAGCAUAGCCUGAUAAGGAUUACAUCUCUGGAAGGGUCGUCUCGCCUGUGGAGGAGCUCGACGAACCAAGAGCUACUCCCUGAGCACACCUCGUCCCUAAUAUUACACCAUGACCCGGACCAGUGAAUAUAAGGACUUACCUUCUUCUAGUUCAAUACCAUAUCAACUGUCAACUUGAGCUGUUGUAUACACUCAUAUCUUUACAUUUACUCAUCUCUUUCGCCAUGGCACCUGCCGCUAAGUUCAACCCUCCUGCAGCCGACCUCCCCGGCAAGCCUUUUGUGCCAGAAUGGAUCCCUCCUCCGAUCACACAGCAGAAGGAGAACUUUGCCGAGCUCACUUCAAUCGACCUGUCCCUGAUGGACUCUGAUGAUCCAGCAGUGGUUGAAAAUCUGGUACAGCAAGUAAAGCGAGCAAUCCGCGAAGAUGGUUUCUUGUUCCUGGAGAACUAUGGCAUCUCGCUGGAACAGUUGCACCGCCAGUUCGCUCUCGCACAAUACUUGUACCACAACAUCAGUGAGGAGGAUAGAGAGCGUCUUCUCUUUAACCCCGAGACUGGUGUAUGGUCCGGCUACAAGCACCCAUAUGGUUUCAAGCGCCACCGCGGUCCACCAGACGGUAUCGAGCAGUUCAACUGGUACAAGCCCGACUGGCAAGACAUGAACCGCAUUCCCAGCUGUCUCCACCCUUUUAUGGACGAGAUCGAAGAGUUCUGCAACUAUCUCACAAAGUCCGUAAACCGCCGCCUUCUCACCCUCUUCUCUCGCGUCCUCGAACUGCCCGACGACUAUCUCUGGGACAACGUCCAGUCCCACGAAGGUCCAACCGGCGAAGGCUAUUUCCGCCACGCACUCUUCCGCCCAGUACAAAAGCAAACAGAAGAAGCGUCAAAAGGGCUACGUAUGCACGGUCACACCGACUUCGGACUCACAACUCUUUUAUUCUCCGUCCCAAUCUCGUGUUUGCAGAUCUGGGGCAGAGACGAGCAGUGGUACUAUGUACCAUACAAGCCUGGUGCGCUUGUCAUCAACAUCGGCGACACACUUGAGAUUGUGUCUGGUGGGCACUUCAAGGCUACCAGGCACCGUGUCUUCAAGCCGCCUGUUGACCAGCUUGAGCAAGAGCGUUUGUCGCUUGUGCUUUUCAACAGCUCGAUUGGAGAUCUGCGCAUGACACCCGCACAAGAGUCACCACUCAUUCAGCGUGAGGGCUGCGUUGAGGAUCAGGGUGUGUACUCGGAGUUCAAGAAGCGCACACUGCAGGGCGAAUUGGUACCUACCAACCGUCAAUGGCGCGAGAUCCAGAUUGCUACAGCAACAGACCCCACGGACACAAUCCACAACCGUGUUGGUGUCCACCAGGUCAUCAUUGAUGGGAAGCUUAUGCAUCAGCGAGAGUACAUGGGUGUCAAGGUCGUUCUCCCAGUAUGA